AUGGAAUUAGAAAAGGGGCUGAUGGACGAAGAAACUCUCAAGGAGGCUGUGAUGACCAAUCUUACUCUGAGCAAUGAGUAUUAUGAGUUAUUCGAGAAAAAGAACGAAGAAAAUCUCCAGGAGGUUUUGAUCAUGGACAAUCUUUGCAUGAACAAAGCACAAGGGUUGACGGAUAUUGAGGCUUCUGUGGAUAAACCCACCAUUGAUUCUCAAGGGCUGAAGGACGAAGAAACUCUCAAGGAGGCUGUGAUGGACAAUCUUACGAUGAAUACCGAGCAACAAUCGACGAAUGAGAGUAUUGUACAUCAACCCAUUGAUGAUUCUAUUGUGUUGUUCGGGAAAAAAGUAGUGUUGCUGAAAUCACAGAAUUCUGUGGAGAAAGGUAAGCAAAUCUCGAAUUCUCUUGAAGUAUGCAAAGAAGAGAAGGUUUGGUAUCACAAUAUACCAAGGAAACCAAGGACCAAGAGAGUAGAGGGGCCUACUUCUGUGGAUUGCCCCGAAGAGUCUGAGAAUAAGAAGUUUUUUGAAAGUGAAAGUUCUGGAACAAAAGUUGUAAAGUCAAAGAGAGUAGAAGGAUUCAUGAAGCUUAUUGCAAUGGAUUACACCACAAAUUUUGUGAAGACAGCUUCAAAGAGGAAGUUUUUUGAAGGUGAAAGUUCUGGAACAAAGAUUGUUUAG